AUGGAGCUGGGCCACCAAGCAGGUACAACCACUUUAACCAGUGCCCAUCUGAACAACCUCAAGGAGGUCCAGCAGGACACAGACCCAUGGAGAACCGCCUGCAGCUCCUUGGACACCUCCAAGUUCAAGUACCACGCCCCGCUGUCCCAGGAAGGCAGCAGCCGAGGCAGCCCCCUAGGGCAGGGCCACCUGAAGGGGAUCCUUCCUCCACCCCCAACUGCCUUCAGCAGCAAUUCUCUGGGAAUGAACCCACAGCCUCGGUCCCUGAAGAAUGGGGGCUCCAGACCUUCCUCAAGAGAGAGCAGGGCCACCUUCAGAGAGGCGACUCAGCCAUGCCAGGGCCUGAAUGGAGGCCCCAAGUUAGGGGCCCAGGACCAGAGGAGUGUGCCUGUAAGCCAGAAGGGCAGCAUCAUCCCUAACAACAUUCGCCACAAGUUUGGGAGCACCGUGGUGGAUCAGCUGGUCUCCGAGGAGCAGGCUCGAAGGGCCAUUGGUGAAGUCUUUGAGGGCCAGAAGAGGUCAAGCUCGUGGUCCAGCAGGACCCAGAGUCCCGUGAAAAUCUCCUCCAUCUUCUCAGACUACUAUGAUCUGGGCUACAACAUGCGGUCAAAUUUCUUUCGAGGGCCCCCCCAGGAGACAAAGAGCCUCAUGCAGGCUUCCUACACACCAGAGGUGAUUGAGAAAUCCGUGCGGGACAUAGAACACUGGCAUGGCAGGAAGACUGAUGAUCUGGGACGGUGGCACCAGAAAAAUGCUAUGAACAUGAACUUGCAGAAAGCACUGGAUGAGAAAUAUGGAGAAAAGAGCAAAUCCAGGGGCUCAAAGUACUAG